AUGACAAACAGCUCAGACACUAUACCGGAUCGGUUGUCGCCCGGGUCACCAAGGACCGCGCCUUCCGCUGUUGUGCACCAGAACGGAGGUGAAAAGUAUACUACUGAUGCACAGAAGAUCCGUGCCAGAAACAACAUCUCCAUUGGCACAUGGAACGUACGGACACUGAGAACAGCCGGAAAACUAGAAGAGCUUACGUACGAGAUGAACAGAUAUCAAUGGGCCGUACUUGGACUUUGCGAAGUAUGGUGGAAGAAAUUCGGGGAGAUCACGAAACAAGAAGGCCACAAGUUGUACUUCAAUGGAGAAGAGGACACGCAUAUGAAUGGCGUUGGAGUUUUUAUUCACAAAGACAUCGUGAAUACGGUCAUGGGCUGCCGCCCUAUUUCUAGCCGGCUUAUUACCAUCCGCUUUAGGGCAGUCCCAUUCAACAUCACUAUCAUUCAGGCAUAUGCUCCGACGUCAGACUAUGAUGAACAGGCUGUGGAGGGCUUCUACGACCAGAUACAAGAAGUGAUAGACCAGACCCCUAAAAAAUACAUCAUCGUUGUACAAGGGGACUGGAAUGCAAAAGUAGAAAAGGAUGUAUACAAGAACUGGAAAGAAACAUGCGGACAACACUGCAACUCAGAGUCAAAUGAAAGAGGUCUAAGGCUCCUGGAAUUUGCCAGCUAUAACAACCUAGUGCUGACAAACACAUUUGGCCAGCUCAAAGCAUCACGGAGAUGGACAUGGCACCGUCCAAGUGGAGAACAUCACAACCAGAUUGACUACAUCAUGGUGAAAAAGCGCUUCCAGUCCAGUGUCAAAAUUGGAAAAACACGAACAUUCCCAGGAGCAGACGUUGGAAUCGACCACGACCUUGUGAUGAUGAACUUUCACCCCCACCUGAAAAGGAUUAAAAAGCACGGAAACACAAGGGUGAAGUUUGAUCUCGAAAAACUAAAGAACCCAGAAGUAGCAGAAGCUUCCAAGCCAUGA